AAAAACGACACAGGCCGGCUCACAAUCGCCGUGUCGCUCGUGACCUUCCGACGAAGUUAUCAGCGCGGAACAGGCGGCACAGCUGACGACGACGAAAACGGUAACGCAUUAUACAAGGCGCCUCUACUUGAACAGAACAGGAUCUGCAGACCUUGGCGCUCAGGAUCAGACCUAACCUGCCUUCACAUCACACACAGAGGCUCGGUCGUGUCGGAUGUCGGGGCUAUUCAAACGUUAGGGACGGUGAGACAGCAACUUGUGACUUGAUCUCAGUUUUACGUCCUGCAGGGAAGGGAGCUCGACUGUUGGUUCCUCGCUUGAUUCCAGAUAGUGUGGUGAGCAAGUCUUCUCGGCCUGUUAAAGAUGUUGAAGAAAGCCAUCCUUGUUGGCCUAUUGGCUGCUGUUGUGUAUUUUGUGGGUACGACCGUCAAGAUGUUGGGUUUGCAUCUACAUUACUACAAGCAUCAUCCAGGAACGUGCAGGGUCGUUGAGAAUGCUGGCCUCAGUUCCGAGGACUUCCACGUGACGUCAGAGGGCCUUGCGUUCAUAACAUCCGGUGUUGCAUUCGCGUCUGCACCCUCCGGUUUCAUCGAAUUCCAGGAGAAAAAUAAGGGGCGCAUACUCGUCUAUAACUUCAAGAACCCGAAAAAAGGCGCGGUGGGGCUGAAAAUCAAGCCCAGCAAAACACUGGAUCUAGCAAAGUUCAAACCCCAUGGGAUCAGCGUGCUGGAAGACAAAACGAAAGGAGAACACCUUGUCUACGUUGUGAACCAUCCCAUUCCCGAACCGGACGCUGUCGAGAAGUUUCGAUUUAAUCCGAAGACGAACGAGCUGGUUCAUCUCAAGUCAAUCACGAGUAAUGUAAUGACGACUACAAACGAUCUAGCAGUUGUGGAGGAGGACAAGUUUUACAUUACUAACUUUGUCUAUUUUAAUGAAAGGUCUUUGGCUACUUUUGAGGGUCUGUUUCAGCUGCCCUUAGGGGGAGUUCUCUACUAUAAUGGUACCGGCUUUACGCAGGUGACCCCUGCCCUUGUGCAGCCCAACGGCGUGUUUCUGUCGAAAGAUCUCAGGUGCUGCAACUGCCGUUGAAUCUGAAGACCGGGGAGAUCCAAAUGGACCAGGCCUCAGAGCUGUUCUAUGACCACGGUGACCUCAUUAAGGCCUCUACCGUUGGCUCUGUCUACGAAAACUCUCUGCUCAUUGGCUCCCUCAUGGACUCUCUGGUUGUCUGCGACUCCGUCCGAGCCGCCUAGAUCGCUACCUUAAAAUUACAAAGUUCUAUCUGACAUUUUUGGCCGUUUUGAGUUCCCAAAACCAUUAGGUUAGAAACAAAUUGUUUUAUCUGCUCUUUCAAAAUCGUAAGAUUAUUCGAAGUCGUUAUCGAGAUAUUCAAAGAAUUGCAUUCUAAAAAG